CAUAUGGAUUUGGAUUUCAAUUUCUUCAACUAUUUUGCACUCGAAUUUUUGUUAUGCCAACAUCUUCUGCAAAAUUAGUAUAUGUUUAUUGGAAUCUUCAGGUUAUUUAUAAAAAUAAUGAUAAAAAAAUAGGUGAGGUUGAAGAUGAAUCAGUAUGGUUAUCAGAUAUUGAACAAGAAGUUAACAAUGAAGAAACUAAUUUUUAG